GGCAGCUGCGCACUGACUGAUAUAUUCGGGCAGAAUCCGCAGAUUCACGUCCGCACACCUGGAAACACCUGCACGGCAAAAUACAGAAAAAUCCUGCUUCUUUUUGUUUUUUUUUCAUGUGUUAUUUUGCUGUCUUUAGGUCAGGUUCGUUAUUUUAAAACGCCGGGCUGUUAAAUUGGUUUAAAUCUCCGCUCCUUUGGAUGCUAAGAAAUAUCAGCUCACUAAAAGGUAACAUUUUUGUUUUCCGUUGCCAUAAUGUCUACAUGUAACCACAUGCACCUUCCUUUCUUUUAUGGCUCUCCCUCUCUUUUACAUUUUUCCAUUUACAGAAAUUUUUAACCAUUUCCCACAGCUGUGUGUGUUAUCAUUAAGAAUUAUUGUCGGCGAUGUAAUUUUCGCAGUAAUUUUGCCCAGAGGCGUGCUGGCUGUAAUGGGAAAGCGCGAGCAUGAAUACCGUGCGUGAGUGAGAGAUAGAAGGUGUCUGCUGAUGAAAGAGGAAGUGCAAUAAUUUAUCAUCUCCGUUUAUUACAGAUUAAAAUGGGCUGCUUCACAUUCUUCAAACUGAUGACGGUCUUGUUCAACUUGCUUAUCUUUAUGGGUGGCCUGACCCUGCUGGCCAUGGGGAUCUGGGUGAGCGUGGCCGAGGGCUCCUUCCUCCGGCUGCUGGGGCCGUUCUCCGACCAAGGCCUGCAGUUUGUCAACGUCGGCUUGUUCUGCGUCAUCAUCGGAGCCGGGCUGCUGCUGCUGGGGCUCCUGGGCUGUUGUGGGGCCCACAAGGAGAGCAAGUGUCUGCUGCUCACAUUUUUCUCCAUCAUCCUCAUCAUAUUCAUUGCUGAAGUGGCAGUUGGAAUCGUGGCCUUGGUCUACUCUUCAUUUGCGGAGGAGAUCAUCAAAGCUUGGGCGAUCCCUGCUUUACAGAACGAUUACGGUAGUGAUCCUGAGGUCACUAACAUCUGGAAUACUACCAUGACAGAGCUGCAGUGCUGCGGUUUGUCCGACCACAAAGACUUUGUCGGCUCCAAGUUUGUAGAGGAGAACGGAGGUAGCCUGCCGCCCAGCUGCUGCCGAGGCAACAGCGCCCCCUGCAGCCCGUACCAGGCCGAGCGCAGCGCGGUGCAGGGCUGUUUCAAACACAUCUCAGAGACCCUCGAGGAGCACGCCAACAUCGCGGGAGGCAUCGUAGCAGGGAUCGGCAUCGUAGAGAUUGCUGCGAUGAUGGUGUCCAUGUACUUGUACUGCCACCUGGACAAAAGAAUCAACUGAGACUGUCAGGGAAACGCAGAAACGACACAUAGACGCACGUGGGAUUUUGUUCAUUUUCGCAUCAUUUAUUUUCUGUCUCGUAACUGUGUUUGUGGUUCCCUCUUUUCGGUUAAGAGAAGGCUUUAAUACAAAGUCAUUUUUAUUAUUAUUUUAUUAUCAAGUGCAGUGUGUGUCUCUAUUUAUAUCUGCGCCUGCAAAGUUUAAAUAAUUCAUAUUUUCCAAAUAAAGUAUUUCUAACAUCAUUUAUACAGCAAUGAGUGCACACGCCUGAUUGCCUACUCUACAAUAUUGUUUAUGGACUACGCAACCUUUUAACAAGAGUCUAAGGUGACACAGUGAGUGUGCAUUUCCUGAAAGGAGAUGCGUGUCGUUCUGAACCGCAGAACUCCAGACGGACCUUUAGGGCCUCUUUCUAGCUGCUCCUUUUGGUUCCGUCUGAUUCAGUCUCAGUGUUUCCAGAACAAGGUGUAAACUCACUGUAAACCGGC